CUGUAUGUCUGAUAUGCAACACUUUGUCCUUUAUGUAACAAGCGUUAUGAAAGCAGCAGAACAUGACAGCAGAUCUGCGCGUGUCCGUCAAUGAAGGAUCUCCUGCAGAGCUGCUGACCGGCUGCAUUUCAGUGGGCUCCUGCUGAGCGAUUCUCAUCUGUAUUAUAAUUUAUUUCUACUGGAGCAUCAUGCUGUUGGAGGCUCAUCUUCAUCUCUCUCCGGGUUGUUUGUGGUUCUGUAAAAGUGCUCAGCGGCUGUUCUCACUCUGUACUGCGCGUAGGUCAUCAACCAAUUACUAUGAACUUCUUGGGGUGAAACCAGAUGCUACACUGGAACAAAUUAAAAAUGCAUUCUUCGACCAAUCCAAAAAGUUGCACCCUGACAGUGACCCCUCCAAUCCCGGUCUGCACAGUCAGUUUGUGCAGCUGAACGAGGCGUACAGGGUGCUGAGCAGAGAAGGGUCCCGACGAGAUUAUGACCUCAGGCUGAGGUACCAGUAUGCUGCAGGGCCGAUCUCCAGCUCCUCCAGCUCCACCAGCAACCCCAGUGCGGAGGCUGCAGAGAGCAUGCGUUACUGGGAGCAGUUCAGACAGGCCCAGCCUCAGGAGAACACGGCCGAGGAGCGGGAAAAGAGAAAGAAACGCAACAUGCGCUUGGUUGGCUACUGCAUGCUAACCAUGCUACUCAGUCUCUCCGCACAUUACUUUGGGUUCAGGAAACUGGAAGAGGUCCAUAAUAACUUCAUGGAUGAGAAGGAUAGAGUCAUCACUGAUAUCUACAACAAGUCCAAAGAAAGAGCCAGAGUGAACGGCUUUAAGAAGCAGCAGGAGAUCUUGAGACAAAAGCACGCUGAGUUCCUGGAGAGAUACAAGAUCCGCAGUGAUGGAGAAGAUAAAUAAAGCAAGGAAAAGACAGAGCUAAACCCACAUCGCACAGUUAUGGAGAGAGUGCAAGCUGUAGAUGAAUGUUGAAAAGUGAAUAGUAUUUUAGGGUAACAGUGUGUUAAAUAUAUGAACGCAGCAAUAUAUCAGCCAAAACUCUUUUUUUUUUUUAGCCCAGUUCUGUUUUUUCACCCAACUCCAUCAGAUUAAGGUCACAGAGGGUGCAAGGCAAAUCAGGCUGAUUAUAGGCCAGCAUGGCUCCUCAUGAGGUGUUUUAAACACCUGUACAUUUACUGUAUUGCCUGCAUUUAAAGGCGACAUUGUAACUGCACCUGGAAAGGGUGUUAUGGAAACAUUGCAUUCCUGAUAAAGUAGUUCAUCAAAACACUGAAAACACUGAAA